UUUUGGGCUUGAAUGUCAGUUGAAAAGUAUCUUGUUUUUGUCCUGAAAAAUUGUCUGGGCCUAGAAAAGCCUAGUGGAGCUCGUUGUAGAGCACCGUUGAAGAGUUUGAGAAAUCAUUUUCAGGAAUAGGAACCGUGGUGCUGGAAUUGAACGAUAUCUGUAGCUUACUCUCCAAGCUUUGUAGCAGAGAAGAUAAACCACUAGAAACAAUUGAAAUUUGUAGCAAUGAAGUGGCCACACGCAGGAUUCCCAAUGCAUCCUCUUUAUUCCUCCAAUCGCACGGAGGCACUUUCUUUUGUCUUUCUCCUCUCAGAAGCCGAUUCCCUUUUAUCGUCAAAUUCAAUAUUCUCUGACUCUGAAGAUGCGUGAUUCUAAUUUCCACCGAUUUUUUCUCCUUUUCCUCUCUAUUAAUACUAAUUCCUCCAACGCUCUUUUUUUCCCAAAUCAAUCUGGUUACUGCGUUGGCCGUGAAUUCCUUGCUCCAGUUCAACAAUCAUAACCUUUGACUUAACAUGGGCUUCUGGAACGGUGAACGUAAUCAAACCAAUCAACAAUCUGAUAUUGGUUCAGUUUUGAGGGAUGGAAAAGAAAUACUUUUUCAGGCAUUCAACUGGGAGUCUCACAAAUACAAUUGGUGGAAAAAUUUAGAAGGCAAAGUUCCUGACAUAGCUAAAGCUGGAUUCACUUCAGUAUGGUUGCCACCACCAACUCAAUCCUUCUCACCUGAAGGUUACACUCCACAGGACCUUUACUCUGUUGAUAGUAAAUAUGGUUCCGAGAGACAAUUAAAAGCUUUACUUCAAAAGAUGAAGCAACACAGAGUUAGGUCAAUGGCUGACGUAGUUAUCAAUCAUCGUGCUGGCACCACCCAAGGACGCGGAGGGAUGUAUAAUCGUUUUGAUGGAAUUCGAUUAGCGUGGGAUGAGCGUGCUGUGACAUCAUGUAGUGGUGGACUGGGUAAUCCAAGCACGGGGGCCAUUUUCCAGGGGUUUCCCAAUAUUGACCAUACUCAAGAUUUUGUGAGAAAGGAUAUCAUAGGAUGGCUCCGCUGGUUGCGUCAUGACGUGGGCUUUCAGGAUUUUCGUUUUGACUUUGCAAAAGGGUUUUCCCCAAAAUAUGUUAAGGAAUAUAUUGAAGGAGCAAAGCCGUUGUUCUCGGUUGGGGAGUAUUGGGAUUCUUGCAACUACAGGGGUUCUACUUUGGACUAUAACCAAGAUAGCCAUAGGCAGCGAAUUAUCAAUUGGAUUGAUGGCACUGGACAACUUUCAACUGCAUUUGACUUCACAACAAAGGGAAUUCUUCAGGAAGCUGUCAAGGGAGAAUUUUGGCGUUUGCGUGAUACUCAAGGGAAGCCUCCAGGUGUGGUCGGGUGGUGGCCUUCAAGAUCUGUCACAUUUAUAGAUAAUCAUGAUACGGGCUCAACUCAGGCUCAUUGGCCUUUCCCCAGCAACCAUAUUAUGGAGGGGUAUGCAUACAUAUUGACUCAUCCUGGGAUACCAACAGUUUUCUACGAUCACUUCUUUGACUGGGGCAAUUCAAUUCGGGAGCAGAUUUUGAAGUUGAUUGACAUUCGCAAGCGUCAAGGUAUUCAAAGUAGAUCGCCUAUCAAGAUUCUGGAGGCCAAGCAAAACCUUUACUCUGCAAUCAUCGGGGAGAAAUUAUGCAUGAAGAUUGGAGAUGGUUCGUGGUGCCCAUCUGGGAGGGAAUGGACACUAUCAACUUCUGGCCAUAAUUAUGCUGUAUGGAAUAAGCAGUGAUCCGCUAGCAAUCACCCUUCAUUCCCCACUCGGUACACACAGAAAUUACGUGCUUCUACUUCUAAUACAUGGUAAAACAUAAGCUUUUUCCUACAACAAGUAGCUUUGGAAGUCGCCUUUCUGUAACGUACGUAUUUCCGGCUUAUAUAGCUGCUUUUUGUAUGAUGUGUAUUAUGUAACAAUAGCUGCCUUGUUCAUGUAAUAUAUAACAAUAAGCGGCCUUGCUUAUGUUAUAUUACAAUAAUAAACUUCUAUCAGUACCGAUUAUUAUCAUUUGGAUUUUUAAGUUUUUAAAAGAGUGAUUAUAAAAAUGAUAUUCAUGAAGUGAAAAGAAUUUGAACUGAAGAUGAAUAUGUAUU